UUCGUGUUCACGACCACAUUGUUAUACGUUUGUUGUUGUUGAUGUUGUUGUUCUUCAGUAUAUGAAGACUGGAGUCAGGACGAUCUUCUCAUUUUGUCAGAAAUUUCUUUAUUCUUCGUUGCUUUCAUGAUAUGGAAUUAGAAAGGCCGUCGAAACGGCUCGGGCUUACAUCGUUUGUGUCGGCCCUAUGAUUCAUGCCUCCUUACCCCACCAAGCUCUCCCCUCAUUACGCCUUGUUUCUACGUGGGACGGCACGAAGACCGUGAGAGUCUGUAAACUAACAUCUGAGAAUACUUAGUCUCAUAAGUAAACUGUUCAUUAGCUGACAAAGAUUUAUAUCAGCUCCAUUAAAGAUUUUCUACUUUCUUACCCCCGACAACCGACCUUAUCAUCAUAACUCCUCAGCUAUUUACUCCUAUCACAACAUGACAGUUGAUUCCCGAAGGCUUGUCGAGGUUAUCAAGCCCUCAAGCUCAUUAAACAGUCUGCUUGUUUCUGCAAAAUCCGAUCUUCUCCACCGAGUUCCACCGAAGGUUUUACGGCCUCCCUUAUCGAAGAUAUCUCCACCGGAUAACAGUGUCGUCAAACUUAUGGAUGCAUUUUUUAUAGAGUUUUCGGAUAUAAUACGCGAAUCGUCAUCGAGGGCCGGUAAUACCUUGAAAGUUGUUUGGGACUCCGGAGUCCUAGAAUCUGGUUUAAUAGGUCUUUCGAAUAUUACAACUUUCGUGAUUAUUCGAGCAUCCGAGGUUGGCGAGAUCAAAGUCGAGGCUGAGGGGAGAGCUGGAUCUGAAUUGAUUAGCUGGGUAAAAGGCUCGAUCGCUAUUAUUAGAGAUGCUGAAACCAUUAGGAUUACUGGAACAGGAAAGGUGAUAGGCACAUUUGUCAGCUAUGAAUUACACCCUGCACCAUGUUGAAGGAAAACCCUCAUGUUAGGCACAUGUCAUUUUCUGAGACACUGUAAAUAUUGAAUUAUUCUGGUUUCUCUAUCCA